AUGAUGCUGAAGCAGCUGGCAGCGCCGAACCGACCGAUCAAGCCAAACACCGUCCUGAUGACAGAGAUGUCGGCACCGCUACCUGACGGCGACAACACGGAGGGCUUGAUACAGCAUGGACACUCGCCGCCCGCACUGACCUCUAACCCGGCAAGGAUAGCGGAAGAGUUUCCUCAGUGGUUGGAGCGUGUGUCGUCGAAGCUUCCAGGAGGAAUCAUCCUAGUCAUAGAUUCACUUCACAUGUUCCAGAAUGCAGAGAUGCACAUGAAGUGGUUGCUGGACCCUCUCCCCGUCGACACUCGCAUCGUUGCCACCGUAGAUGGCGACACGUGUCCCCUCGCGUGGCGAGCCUGGCCCAGCGUGCGGCUCGACCCUCUCAGUAACCGCUGUGUGAGGGAGGUACUGAGGGCGGCGGGGGAGGCGGGUCUCUCCCUCACCAUGGACCAGGAGGAGAAGAUACUGACGCGGUGUCGCACGACCCUCACCUGUAACUCGCUCUACGUGACGAUGUGUUUACGCAGAUGUCGUACGACCCUCACCUGUAACUCGCUCUACGUGACGAUGUGUUUAGACAGGUGUCUGCUACAGGUGCUACAGUACAUCUAUGUGUCGCGUAACGGCAUGAGGGAGAGCGAGCUGAUCGCGCUGCUACCUGGUGAGCUGACGUGGAACUACUGGGCGCCUCUCACCGAACGCUUUCACCAGCUCUCCGUAUUAUCUACCUCCAUGAACGGUCUCCUCGAGUUUACACAGGAGGAGGUGAGAGAGGGAGGACUGCACAUGCUCUGGGGCAAGUACUCGACCGCCGACGCCCUCUGUAAACAAGCGCUCGACAUCUACGAGAACGCGCUGGGACCGCAGCACCACCUGGUGGCCAGGGAGCUCGACAUGCUGGCGAUGUUGUGUCAGAAGCAGGAUAAGCUUGAUCAGGCAGAGUCGCUGUACGCGCGUGCGGUCUCCAUCCAUCAACGCCGCGUCAAGGUGCCGCGACGAAACCACGUCGGAGAGAAGGCGGACAUGUUGAAGAGGAGACUUGUGAAGCUGGAGCAGGUGGCGUUGGACAGAGCCUCGCCCGAACUCGCUCGCUCCCUCAACGAACUAGGAGUACUCUUCUACCUGCAGAAUAACCACCAGAUGGCGGAGAAGCUAUUUGAGCAUUCGUUGGAGAUCCGUGAAUCGUUGCUCGGGCCGCGGCACCCUGACUGCGCUCAGUCACUCUACAAUCUGGCCGGGUUCUACAACGACAGCAAGCUCUACGACAAAGCCGAACGAUUCUACGAGAGCGCCCUCUCUAUUCGCACAAACCUUCCUCUCUCAAAGGGAGACAAGGCAGCCUUGCAGGCCUGCAUCUCACACCUCUCCAUGUUCCAGGCUGCUUUCACCAGGGGGCGCUGUGGAGAGCUGCUCGACUAUUGGAAGUUCACGGGAGCGGAGCAGUCCGUCAUGGCCGACGUUUACUUCGCCGCCAUCAAGCAGCAGGAAGAGGAGGCUGGUCGCCGUGGCGAUGACACGACAGCGCAGCUAGCGAGGGUCGCUAAUCUCUACGAGGCGUUGGGAAUAUUCCUCAAGGACCUGGGUUUACUGAAGCAGAGCGUCACACCCCUACAGAGGGCUCUAGAGGUGAGAGAGAUGGCGCUGGACCCCGACCAUCCGAGUGUCGCGCAGGUGUUACAUCAGCUAGCCGGGCUGCACAUGCUCUGGGGCAAGUACUCGACUGCCGACGCCCUCUGUAAACAAGCGCUCGACAUCUACGAGAACGCGCUGGGACCGCAGCACCACCUGGUGGCCAGGGAGCUCGACAUGCUGGCGAUGUUGUGUCAGAAGCAGGAUAAGCUUGAUCAGGCUGAGUCGCUGUACGCGCGUGCGGUCUCCAUCCAUCAACGCCGCGUCAAGGUGCCGCGACGAAACCACGGCAUUACCUGCGACGAUCCUGCCGUCGCCUCGUUCGUGAAGCACCUGGCGUGGUUCUGCGUAAGCAGUGGUAAGCUGGCAAAGGCCAGAGCCGCUGUACAGACAGGCUCUCAGCCUCAGGAGUAA